ACUAGGUUCAGUGAUGGUGGGGAUCGUCUACAGAAAUCUUCAUGAAGAACUGAUAUCUACUGAAAACAACAGGAAACUCAACACCAUGAUAAUGGCAGCUGCAAUGGAUCCAAAACCAAAACAACUGCAACAGAAUAUCACCCUGAAUUUCAGAAACCUGAAGGCUGGAGACGGUGAGAGAUUUUGUACGUUUUGGAGCGGCUAUAGCGAAGAAAGUCCUGAUGGAUGGUCAGAGGAAGGAUGCCAUUUUGUGAGAUCGAAGAGCAGCUCAGUACAAACAGAAUGCGGCUGCAAUCAUAUGACUCACUUCGCUGUUUUAUUCGACUAUGGUGAUAACCCUGAGAUUACAGAGGCAGAUGAGAAGAUAUUGACGAUUUUUACCUACGUGGGCUUAUCUCUCUCCAUCGCGGGGUUAAUUCUCACGAUAAUCGCGUAUUCUCGUUUCACCGAUGCUCAACAGCCUCUCUCACAGAUAAGAAUGAGUCUUGCUGGAUCUCUUGGAGCAGCACAAGUUAUCUUUCUUGGCGGCAUCAAUUUCACAGAAAGCACGGUUGCAUGUGUUACAGUAGCGGCCCUCAUGCAGUAUUUUCUGAUGGCAGCUUUCUUUUGGAUGCUCGUCGAGGGAAUCUACCUUUACUUAAAUGUUGUCAAAGUUUACAACAUCAACAAUAAGAUGACAAUGUAUUACGUCAUGUCAUGGGGUUUUCCUGCUGCCGUGGUUGCCGUUUCGCUGAGCAUUACUGCCGCAAAAAAUGGCAUCCAGAGUUUUGUCAGUGAUGAAUACUGCUGGAUGUCUCCGGAUAGCGAGGUUAUCUGGAUUUUUGUUGCAUUUCUGGUGAUGAUCGAAGUUAUAAACCUGUUGCUGCUUUCGCGAGUUAUCUGGGAAAUGACCACAAUGAAACCAAAAGGAGAACAUCGUAUUCAACGGAUACGAUUGGGCAUCAAAGCAUGCCUGAUGUUGAUUCCACUACUUGGGUUCACGUGGUUGUUUGGUCUUCUUUCACCGUUUCACAAAGCCUUCGUCUACAUUUUCACGAUCCUCAACUCUACUCAGGGUUUCCUGAUCUUCCUCUUACACUGUAUGAGAAACAGCCAGAUCAGAGAUCGGUUUAAAAGAAAGAUGAACACAAUUUUUCCAGCCGUAUUCGAUGAAAACCCCGCCAAGAAAACGUUAACUUCACAGGCUAAUCGAUGUCAUGCCGGUUUACCGAAGAAAAUCGUAGUUCUGUCAUACCGUAAUAGUGAAUUUGAACUGAAGCAGUAAUAGAUUAAAACUACAGUGAAACCUGUAUUGGGACCCUCACUAGUGUCCGCUUAAUACAGGGUGUCCGCUCAAAACAGGUUCUAAUAUGCUGUGCAAUAAUAGUCAAUUAUUUGAGUGCUACUAUGUUCAAAACAUUGACUUCUCUUUUUCCUUCAGAUUUUAAAAGCACGCGUGUUUGUUUAACACCUGACGGGCAAAAUCUUGAGCUUCGAAUUCUAUCCAAAGCCUGUUUUCUUUGAGUACAAGUUUAGCAUUUCACGGUCCGCCAUGUCACAUUCAAGACUGACCAAUUGGACUUCAGAGGGUUGGGUCGAGGAUAAGAGACGUCAAAGACUCACUAGUUUAAAAUUGCAGCGUGUAAACGCAGCUUAUUGUACAUGCAAAACACGAGUUUAAAAGUCUACAAGUUCGAGACUCCCAUGCUGCAUAUUAAUUUAGGCGCGUACACACCCAUCACAUUUUUAAACUAGUAAGUCUGUGACGUCAUCUUAUCCUCGAUCCAGCUCUCUCAAGAUUUUAAAGUUAGUAAUGGCGGACCAUUAAUUAGGAAAAUUUCAGUCAAAAUAAGCAGGUGUUUAUUUAAAAUGAAGGCUUAAAACUUCGAACACUUAGUGGCUCAGUUAUAUAGUUUUGAAAUACAAAGAAAAAGUGGAAUUGGUUUUUGGUCACAGUGGCUCUUUAACACUUUUGUAACACAGUGUAACACAGUGU